UAGGGGAGAGUUGGAGAAAGAGGGAAGUACUAUGAAAAAGAGAGGGAGAAGGUGAAAUCACAGGACUACAGAGGAGAGGCAAAGCUAACAAACACAGAGCAGGGAUGAAUACAGGAGAGAGUGCAGAUCAGUGAGAUCUCCAGAGAGAACAGGAAGAGAGAAGAGAGGACUGAAAGGAAGGAGAUGGGCAGAGAGAGGGGGGUAAACAGCAAGCAGCAGCACAGAGAAAAUCAAUCAGCCAGACCAAUAGCAUCAGCCUGGGAAGCCAUGCUCUGAAAGGCUUGGAGAAGCGGGGCUACGCAGGCAGCACACGGCACGGCACAGGCCUAGCCAACAGCCCUGGCCCACAGGCCGACAGCCCCACAGCGGGGGGGAGAGGGAAAGAAGACACCCAGAACCACACUGUCAGCUGCUGUAACCAUGAGGACAACACGAAAGGGUAGUGUGGAGAUGCCUGCAUUUGUCCGGCAGCUGGUGAAGGAGACAGAGAAGAGGGUCAGCUCCUUCUUCAAGGGAGGGGGGCGUGGAGGGGCAGAGCACAUGCAGGGGGAGGGGGAGGAGGUGAUCCCCAGCCCCUACCUGGAUCGUCCCGUCCUGGACAAGCUGACUGAGGAGGGCUGCUCCUGCUGGGGCCUGACCUACGCCCUGGGCAGCAUGCAGGGCUGGAGGGCCAACAUGGAGGACUACCACAACUGUGUGCCUCAGCUGGGCGCAGGGCUGGCAGACUGGAGCUUCUUUGCUGUGUUUGAUGGGCAUGCGGGCAACCAAGUGGCACAGUAUGCCUCACAACACCUGCUGGAUCAGGUCCUAGCUACAGGAGGGAUCGGGCCAGAGGACCACCCUGAUCGGGUGAGAGGGAGCUUCACAGAUGGCUUCCUACACACAGACAAACACCUGCUGACUGCAGCCCGCCGUGAGGGCUGGGAGCGGGGUGGCACCACCGUGACCUCCACUCUCAUCUCACCACGAUACUUCUACUUCGCCAACUGUGGAGACUCGCGUGCCAUGCUGUGCCGGGCAGGGCAAGUGUGCUUCUCCACUGAGGACCACAAGCCCUACAGCCCUCUGGAGAGGGAGCGCAUCGAGAGCGCCGGUGGCUCCGUGUCCCUGCAGCGCAUUAACGGCUCCCUGGCUGUGUCCCGCGCCCUGGGGGACUUCAGCUACAAGGGGGCAGAGAACCGGCCGCCCACCCAGCAGAUGGUGUCUCCGGAGCCAGAGGUGUGUGUGGUGGAGCGGUCGCCCGGGGAUGAGUUCCUGGUGCUGGCCUGUGACGGGGUGUGGGACACGGUCUCCAACGAGGAGCUGUGUGCUUUCAUCCGCAGCCGUCUGCGRGUCUGCACUGACCUCAGGGACGUCUGCUCCCAGGUCAUUGACCUCUGCCUCUAUAAGGGCAGUCUGGACAACAUCAGCAUAAUCUUGGUCUGCUUCCCUGGCGCCCCCCAGCUCUCAGCAGAGGCACUACACCAGGAGGCAGCGCUUGAAGACCUGCUGGAGUCUAAAGUGGCAGAGAUUUAUGAGGAGCUGAGUUCCCAGGGGGAGGAUCCUGACCUGCUGUCUGUCCUCACUGUGCUGGCAAACACUGAUGUCCCAGGUUUACCACCUGGAGGCGGUCUGCAGAGCAAAAGGAACUGUAUCAUCUCUGCCUAUUACGAAAAGAAAGAGGCACACAAUCCUACUACACCUAAUGGGCUUGGUGUUUCUGAGAAGCUCGUCUAGGCUCUGUUGUCUGGGAACCGUCUCAGGAACACAACCAAUGACAAAAUAAAAACUGUUUUCAUUAUGUGGCAAUUCAAUCAAUCACAAAAGGGAAACUGAGGAAGGAAUAUUGUCGCAUCCCUCCUGCCAAGCAACAUCCUGACGUGACAAGUAAAAUGCAAUUUGUGAACUAUAGAUUUUAUAUUUCUACAAUAUAGGGAACAUUUUAUUUUAUAGGACCUGACACUUUUAAACUCAGAGAUUCUGGCUCAGCAAUAUGAUCCAGUAGUUGACAACCCAUCUGACAUAUAUUUAUCCCAUAUGGAUAACAAUGUCAAAUUCUAAUUGUUAUAUUCUUUAAAAAAGCAAUUCAAUGAGGUAAAAUUAGCACCAGUAUUCUUUGCACAACUUCUAUAGGUAUUGAUUUCAGGUUGAUGUUUAGUGUUGAGUCAUCAAACCUCUCUCUCUCUCUGUCCUGUGUUUGGUCUGGUUGGCAUGACCUGUACUGUGCUGCCUUACCGACCUUGAUGACAGUAGAUUUAAUAACAUGUUACAGUGAUAUGACCAAGACAAACCCAAGAAAGGUCAGUAGAUUGAUGAAUGUGUUAAUGUAUUAUCAUAUGUGAUUUAAAUGAGUAUGUACUUUACUUACUUACUGUGUAGUGUGUAUAGACACUACAUGUUAAAAGUCAUGACUGUUUUCAGCCUAAAUAAAGAUGAUUUGACUGAA